UUGCGCCGCGCGCCGGUUUACUUCAGUGAGCGAUUGCAGCUGGAGAGACAAUAACAUAGUCUGCCACGCAGCCUUUAGUGGAAUCGCUAUGGAGCCUCAACACCAGGACCUGCUGAGUUCCUCGCCGAACAGCCACGGCGACGGGCUUCACUACCACUCCUCAGACGCCAUGGCAACCUCCCUGGCCGGCAUGACCAUCAACGACCAUCACCAUGGCAACCAGGUCCACAAGGAGAACGGGGUCGCCGUCGGCCACAUGGGACCAGGGGACUGUCCAAUGAAAGCGGAGUCUGAGGAGGCCGUGUCAGAGGAGAGAAAGGAUGGAACCGCUGUGUCUGUGGCUGAGGCUGAGACUGAGGCUGUGGCUGAGCCUGAGCUAAAGGAAACCCACAGCGCCCCCUCUGGCCAGGAGGUGUCCACUGAAGAAAGUCCGGUUACCAGCGAGGAUGCUCAAGGAGAGGAGCUAGCACCACCACCUCAGCUCACUGUGGCUGACAGCGGCAUCUCUGAAGAAAGCCCAGAAACCAGCGAGGAUGCUCAAGGAGAGGAGCUAGCACCACCACCUCAGCCCACUGUGGCUGACAGCGCCAUCUCUGAAGAAAGCCCAGAAAUCAGCGAGGAUGUUCAAGAAGAAGAACUAGCACCACCACCUCAGCCCACUGAGGCUGACAGCGCUAUCUUUGGUGUGGAGGGUGAAUCUGCGGAAUUCAGCACAGAAGAACUAGCACCACCACCUGAGCCCAUUGGGGCAGACAGCGCCAUCUCUGGCGUGGAGGGGGAACUUGUGGAAACCAGCACAGAAGAACUAGCACCACCACCUGAGCCCAUUGGGGCAGACAGCGCCAUCUCUGGCGUGGAGGGGGAACUUGCAGAGAAUCUAGAGCAAGCCGAGGAUGAGCCGGCGGAUGAAAGUCUGGCAUGUCCAUCUGGCAUUGCCGAGGUUCAGAGCCUCCACUCUACCGAGGAUGGGGAAUCGGUGGACUCCCAGGAGCUUGUAGCAGCAGGGGCAGCAGAAUGUGAAGAAGACGUACAGGUGUCAGUGUCUGAGCUCACUGAAGCUGUGAUCGCCCCCUCUGUCCAGGAGGAGGAGUGCGCAGGCGGAGACAAUAUGGCUUCUCCAACAGCUCAACCCAAGACUGACAGUGAUGCCGAGAAGAGGCCUCCUAAGGCCACCCGAACGCCCCAGACCAAAGCAGCUAGGCCCUCUUCCCAAAGAAAGCCACCCAUCACAGGCCCCCAGCCCCUCAAAAGAAGGCCCCUGGCCCAAGCCCAGUCCCAGACCCCUGUCACAAAUCGGGGGACUGCAGCCCCAUCCAAGACCCCUACAGCCCCCUCCAGAACCCCCAGAACUCCCUCCAAGACCACCCCAGUCCACUCCAGGCCAUCCCUUACCCCAUCGAGAGCAUCAACAAGCUCAACCUCAUCCCGGCUGUCCGCAGCCUCAUCCCGGCUGUCCGCAGCCACUUCCAGGACUCCUAAAGCUCCCUCAUCCAGGCCACUGUCAUCCUCAUCCCCCUCCAAGUCGGCCCCAUCCCCCUCUAAGCCCCCCGUAUCAGGGUCUGCACGAGCCGGCAGGCCUCCGGCUCCCGGAGCAAGGCCUCAUGCUGCGGGCACCAAGAUACCUGCCAUGGCUCCAACUCAGUCAGUCAAUGGGAAAGCAGCUGCUGCCAAGAGUGGCAAAGACUCUCCAAGGACCCCUGAUGCCAGUGGGCACACCAGCCCCGGCACCCCUAAGUCGCCCGCCAGCAAGUCACUGGGCACCAAGUCUCCGGCGUCCACCGGCAAGGAGAUCAAGAAGGUGGCAGUGAUCCGCUCAACGCCCAAGUCUCCCGGCUCACUCAAGGGCCGCCCGCCCGCCCCCCUCACACCCGCCGGCGCCCCCCUGCCCGACCUCAAGGGGGUCAAGUCCAAGAUCGGCUCCACUGCCAACCUGAAGCACCAGCCGGGCGGAGGACAGGUGCAAAUUCUUGAUAAGAAGAUGGAUUUGAGCUAUGUUCAGGCUAAGUGCGGUUCCAAAGACAAUCUGAGGCACACUCCUGGCGGUGGCAAUAUUCAGAUCCUGGAUAAGAAAGUGGACUUCAGCCAAGUCCAGGCCCGAUGCGGCUCUAAGGGUAACCUGAAGCAUGUUCCCGGAGGUGGAAAAGUGCAAAUUCUUGAUCAGAAGAUUGACUUCACUAAUGUCCAGUCCAAGUGCGGCUCCAAAAGCAAUUUGAAACACGUACCUGGAGGUGGCAAUGUCCAAAUUAUGGAUCAGAAGUUGGACUUAAGUACUGUCCAGUCUAGGUGUGGAUCCAAAGACAAUAUCAAACAUGUGGCAGGUGGUGGAAAUGUGCAAAUAUUUGAAGAGAAGUUGGAUUUAAGUAGUGUCCACUCCAAAUGUGGCUCCAAGGACAAUAUCACACAUGUUCCUGGAGGUGGAAAUGUUCAAAUCCUGCACAAGAAGAUUGACCUGAGUAACGUGCAGUCCAAGUGCGGCUCGAAAGACAACAUCCAUCACAAGCCAGGCGGUGGCUCAAGGAGGAUUGAGUCUCACAAGCUGAACUUCCGCGAGCAGGCGAAGGCGCGUACGGACCACGGGGCGGAGAUCGUGUCCCUGGAGGAGUCUCCUCGCGACCUCAGCACCGUCUCCUCCUCCGGCUCCAUCAACAUGACCGACUCGCCGCAGCUCGACACCCUCGCCGACCAGGUGUCCGCGUCCCUCGCCAAGCAGGGGCUGUGAUUGGCUCAUCACUACGCAUGCGUAUACACACACACAUGCACACACAAACACACAGAUAUGCAUACACGACCAGGUGCCGGCAUCGCUUGCCAAGCAGUGAUCGCCCCAUCCAUUGCUGCACACACACAUAAAGAUACAUUAUAGAUAUGCAUACAAUAGACAUACAGUACACCCACACACAUAUAAAUAUGCAUAUGCAGUACAAUGCACACACACACACACAUACGUACAAGCACGGAUGCACACAUAAGAACAUACAUACAAACAUGCUGACACAUUGCAUAUACAUAUGUGUACUACAAGUUGUUAACCAAGCAGGGUUUGUGCGAACACCUUAGCCACACACACACACACACACACACACACACACACACACACACACACACACACACACACACACACACACACACACACACACACACACACACACACACAAUUCUACACAUUGUCAACCAAGGAUCUCACCUCCCUUCUUCACAGCAGUUCCAGUAGAAUAGUUUAAAAAAUAGAGGAAAAAAGAAAGAAAAUGUCCUCUGUGAUGUUCACCCCUUUCUCAUAGAAGCUUUUUUUCAAGAACAUGAAAAAAGGCAAGAAAACAAAGUAAAGAAGACAUGACACUGUAGUUUUGAGGUUUUUCUUACCGCCCGUAGCCCUCCUGCCAGGCUAUCACUGUUGAGUUUUUUUGUUUUGUUUUCCUUAACCUUUAGUAUUUGCAUUACGACCAAUGAAAGUGUUCUGCUCCUCAUGUUCAACAUCUUAAGAUCAACAUGGUAUAUUUGUUGUUCCACUUUUGAUUUAACUUGACUUGUGGGAAUUGGUCACCUGAGUUAUUAUUACUAUUAUUAUUAUCAUUAUUUUAAAAAGUUAACAGAAAAAUAAUGCAAAAAAUAUGAUAUUCAGAAAGGGGAAAGUAUUCUGUGAAAUUCAGUUGUAGCCACACACACAAACACAUACACAGACCACUGUUUUUUAUAGCAUUGAUGGCCACCCACUUUUAUAGUACCCUGUAGACUUUUGUUUUUGCUCUGUCAGCCUCUUUUCCAUGAGAUGUUACUCUUGAUAGUGGAGAUGUUUUGGUACGAUCGGAAGUGGCGUAAUUAUCAACUACAGGACAGUUAUUGUGAUUAAAUGUAUGGGGAGGGGAUCGGAUCUAUCCGUGUACACAAGUAGAGAAAAGAAUUUAAUGUUUGGGAAAUCGAUCCGUCCAAGAACACAAGUAGAGAACAGAAGAACUGGUACAAUCUGAAGUGGGAUCUUUCCAACAAGUGAUUUGAUUUUUUAGUUAUUGUGAAUAAAUGUACAAGAAAGGGAUCCAUCCACGCAUGACCACCGGUAGAGAAAAGACACAUAACACUAAUUACAUCGAAUAUCAAAGCUUUUGAGGUUGUUUGUGGGAACUGUGUAACUCUUUAAGGCUUCUAGCUUUUACACUAAAGUAGAUAGAUAAAAGACAAGGUACACCCACGCACAUAAAAGCCAGACUAUUACCACAUUUUAACACACAAUAGCUGGAUUACUGCUGCCAUUCAAUGACUAAGCUAUGUGUUAUUGUCCCCCUCAAUUUAUCCCUUUAACAUACUAAAACCGACAAUAAUACACAACAUUAUAGUGAUAAAACAGUGUUGCAGGGUAUCAGUAGUUGGUCAAUGCGAGUUAAGGUGAAGAAGUUUAGUGAGGUACUGACGACGUUGGUUAAAGAUGGUGAGAUUCAGAACAGUGAGGUCUUUUCGACUUACUAUCUCCUACGUAAGAAAAUGAAAACAAAACAAAAAAAAGAAGAAAAAGAGAAAUAGAAAAAAAACAUAAAAUAUGAAACCGUUAACAGAGACCCAGAGUGCUUUGUGUAGAGAAAACGAAACCCGUCUGUUUAAGCACUUUUCUUUCUUGUAAUAUUCUGUGGCUAUCACACAUGUAUUUGAUAUGAAACAAUAUGACUGUGCCUGCUGGCAGAAUUUAAUUUAUUAUUAUAUUUUAUUUUUUGUUUAAUUUUUUUGUAAGUGCUUCACUGUAAAAUGCCUAUCCUCUUUAUUUUUAUUUUUUCCUCUUUUUUUAAAAAAAGUGUUGGAUUUCUUUCAUAUCCAUAUGCAAUGGAUAAACACACAGUAAAGAAAAGGAACCAACUUCACGCUAUUAAUCUAAAACAUUAACCCUGUGCAUGCACACGUCUAUGUGCUUAUAUUUCUAAACAAUGCAGCUACGUCAGUAUUAGAGGGAAAAAAUAUAUAAAAAUACAUCUUUAGGGAAGAUUUGUAAUUCUAUGCCUGGAACUACCAACCGUAUGUAGUUGUUACCAUGGCUAUCUACUAACAAAUGUUAAAUGCAGCCUACUGUACUGUCCCAGACCUGAUAGACAGUAUCUGAGAUCUAUUAGCCCUGCCUUUCAUUAUAACAGACUUCUGCUACUGACCAAUAAGAAUCUUCUGUUCAAAGAGAUAGCUGCUACGUCUUUUCUAUUCCAUUUGAUUGGAUAAUUCUAUCACCUGACUGACCUAAUGUCGUCCAUUCUAUUUGCUCACUAGUAAAAAAAAAAAAAAGUACAAUUUUAACUUGCCAAUAAUGACCUGUCAUGUCACAGAAUUCGUGUUGUAACUGUAACAAUGGAAGAACCCACCAGAUUAAUGUAAUUUCUCUAGAGUUGCUUUCGUUAUAAAAUAAUUCUCUUAAUCUCCUCCGGGAUUAAUAAUCUCCACUGUACUAUUCCCAUGUUAAGUGUGAGAUCUUAAAGCGCUGAAAAUAUGAUUUUAUAAGGCCCUAUUGUAAUGUAAACAAGCAUCACUUCAGAUGACAUCACCAUGGCAACAGUAGCGAAAGGAAGCUGAAAGUGUAACUGAAGCUGCGAGUAGUCACUCCCCUCAGAACAGGACUUUGCUGUUGCCAGUCAUUUGUGAGGAGCUGCAUCAGGCUAAUUUCCCAAUGUCAUCAUGAAGGCUAUAGUAUUAUGCUUUUGGCCUCGUGAUGGCUCACCAUUCAAGCACCUCAGUCAAGUUCAAGCAUUUCAUACCAUAGGUUCACAUCACUGCAUCCUAACUGAAUGCUCCUCUUAGCAUUCAGUGCUGUGUAUGUUAUGAGGGGUGAGUUAGUACUGUCUGCUAAUGGGGCGUGGUGCUACUAGAGACAGUCAUCAUCUUCACGCAGCUGUGGCAUCCACUGUCUUGUCGACUGAUCUGAAAACAAACUAUGCUACUUGCAUGCGUCUCUCGGAGGGAGAUAGAUCUCUUUCUUGCCUCUUUUUUCAUUUUCUUUCUUUUAUUUUUCUUAACAAGAUGCAUUAAUGGUAUAUCCUUUGCUCUCGAUCUAUCUUGCGCUUCUUAGGAUAUAUAUUGUAGGUAUUAUUGCAAGGCAACACCCAACCCCCCCAGAACGGUUGCUAAAAAUCCCAUAAUUCCUUACCGGGUUGAAAAGGAGGGGGAGGUGUAGUAAUAGUAUUUGAUUCUACUAUAUAGCUGUAAUGUGUAUAUGUUUGAUUCUCUAAUUAACUACUUGCCAAGGACAUAUAUUUGAGGACACCGGGAGCAUACACACAUUUAUAAACACGGUCAUACAAACUCUAAAGGCAGUGCUUGCAACACAAUGAUCUGCAUGCUGGUUGGUUGGUUUUUAAGUUUUUAUUUUUUAUUAGUCUUUUUAUCACAAAAUUCGGCGGCACAUUGUUUGAAUGUGUUUCUUUUUUUUCUCUUUUCUUUUGGACAGAAGUGUGUACUUGUGUGAAUCAUGGGGGGAAUUUUUGGGGGAUGGAAUGGUGGGUGGAUUGUGGAUUUGAGGGGUUAAGUGGGGUACAAAAAAAGGGUAAAAAAAAGGAGACAAGAUGAGGACAGGAGGUGGGGACUCAACCAGGUGGAUGAGUUUGGAGGAAAGAGGAGAAGAGAGGUGGCUACUGUAGGUGAUAUGUCCAGCUAGUGGCUGUUUUUAUUUUAUUUUCUGUUCUGUUCUAUUCUUCCCUUUCCUGUCCCGAUCGCUCUCCUCCCUCCCUCGUCAGUAGGGACAGCAGGAGAGGCGGGCACACUGUUCUUCCUGUCCACACCUGACCUUUCUCACCAGUUUUUGCGGGUUGUACAUUUUAGCUUGAGCAUUGUGAUUGUCAAUAUUGUUCUUGUGUGUUUUAAUAAUAAUUGGUUUAUGAUGAUUCUUGUCGCUGUAAAUGUGAAUUUGGAAAUAAAGAAUAUUAAACCACCACCAAAGUUCCUUUUGAUAUUAUUGAAGACAUUUCAUUCGAUUUUUGCCCAUAAAAAUUGAACCAGAUGGCCGUGGAGGUUCAAGGAAUUAUAAUAUUCUCUACAAAAUACACUGAUGAAAUGUAACCCGACCGACUUUUCUGACCAACGUUUUGUGAAUUGAGUCAUCCAUGAUCACAGUUAUAACACAGACAGGUUGUGUGUACAUGAAAUAUCUAAUGAAGACACGAAAAGACAAGACACACAGGGAUUGUGGUUUGUUUGCCAAGUUUGAAAUAAAGGUUUUAAUGGUACUAUUUACAAACUUUUUUUUUUUUUACUUUGCAAAUGAGGUUAACUGCUGCAAUAUUUGAACUUGUAAAAUGAAACCUGUCAGAAAACAAAAAUAAUCUACAAAAACUGAUAAAUGAAGAAGAAACAAAAACAGUGACUGAAUGACUGGGGUAAACAAAACGAAAAAGAAAAAAAAAACAUCA